UUGUUUGUUAUUUCUUGCAUUGGGGAUGAAAGUGCUUCCUUCCUCUUGGACGGACACGCAAAUCCGUCCUCUGCAAGCAGUCAAGGCGUCGGUACCUACAAUAUUUACGACAAGAUAGAUGCCAUGGAAAGAGUGUUGGACGAAUGGAAUAUCACUUUAACAGAGAAAGUCCGUGACCUUGAAAUGAACACUCAGAAAAAGAUCCACGACAUGGAGAAGAUGAUGCGCCAAGUUUUGCUUACAGUUAACCAGAUGGAUGUCAAGUUGGAAAACAGCGAUGUUCACAACAUGAGUCUCGAAAUUGAAAAACUGAAGAAAGAAGGUUUCAACCAUGUUAAAAAUUCAACAGAUAUCGGGUUUACAGCUCGACUUGGUGGUACAUACAGCCGGUCUGACAUUAUCAAAGCUUAUAAUUCUCCAAUAUUUAACUACGGGAAUGCCUACAAUGGAUCGGUAUUUACAUGUCCCAUCCAGGGACUGUAUCUCUUCCAAGUGUCUUUGAUAUCUAACACAGCAGGUGAUGGUGUGUUUAUCUACAAAAAUGGUCACCAGCUUAUACUUGCUUAUACAAGUGAAAGAAGUCAAGGCCUCAAUAGCGGAUCUGUUUCAUUGGUCAUUAACUUAGAUAUUGGCGAUCAAGUGUACCUGCUACCCAACAGUGGUUCGCUCAGAGUUGACGGUGAAUCUGUAUUCACUGGAGUCAAAAUAAAUUAGUAACAGUUAUUCUAAAAAUAUAGAGAUGACAUGUAUUUACUUUCGAAAAUGAAUGA